ACGGGGCCCGAAUAGAGCGUGCUCGGCGCAGGCGACGGGUCGAACUGCACGCGCGGCGUGAUGGGCGUGGUGGAUGCGAAACGCGCGCGACUCGGCUGCGACAGCACGGGCACCUCGACAUACAUCGUCAUCUUGGACGGCGUGAGGGGCAGCGGCUCGGCGCGCGCAGGCGGCAAGGUCGGCGUGCGGCGCUGCAGCUUGGCCGGCGACGUGGACUGAGGUGCGGCCGCGAGCUCUGGAUGCGAGCGCUUGCGACGCAUAGGACUGCCGUCGUGCGCCGGCUGUGCUCGCGGCGCCUUGAUUGGCGAGGGAUUGCCGCUGACGAUGCUGGAGCCCGAAGGCGAGUCAAAGCCGUUGUUCGGACUGGCCGUGACAUAGCCGCUGUGCACCGACGCUGGACUCUCGAACUGCGCGGGAUGAGGCGCAACGGGCGUGCGCUGUCCUGCGCUGGUGCCUGCAAAGAUGCGAGGCGCCAUGGACAGCGCUGCCGUGCCGAGACCCGCCUGGUGCUGCGGCACAGGCGCCGACAUGGCUGGCAACGAGCUGUAGUGUUCGCGCCGAGGCGGUGCAGCCGAGUGCUGCGGCAGCGGAGACGGCUGUGCCGGCCAGUUCUGUGCGAUGUGGUACGCACUGCUAGCCGAAUGCUCGCUGCCGGACGAGCCCGAGCGCGACGCGGCUGCGCGAGGGUACGGCUGCGGCACUAUGCCGGGACUGCGAUGCACGGGAAUGUCCAGUGCGUGCGAGAGCGACGAGCGAAAGGAGCUGCCCGGACUGCUCUGCGACGAGGCCGAGCGCGGCGGCUGCGCGCUGUACGGCGGCGAGUGGUGCGGCUGCGGCUGCGACUGCGAGUACGGCGCAGGCAGAGCAGGCGGGGCGCGCGCCUUCUGGAGGUCGAUGGGCGACUGCUGGUAGAACGGCUUGUAGUUCGAGGGAUACGAGUCGUACGCUGAGGCAGUCGUCGGUGGCGGCGCAAUGGCAGCGCUUAGCGCCGAGACUGGGGCACGACCACCUGUGCGAC